UGCAUAUAUUUAAGUGCAACUCCCGUGGCUGAUGGCUUAGCAACCAUUUCCUAGGGAAGGUCACACUCUUUUGGGCAAAUACAAUGAACAACUAUGAGUCCUACCCACCGCCCUUCCGCCCCAAGAGCGGCCUAGUCGCCGGAGUUGAUGGAGGGGACGCCGCCGGCUCCUACUGCCAGGAUUCCGACGACCCUCUGCCGGCGAUCGACCUGCAAGCAGUGGGGAGCGAGGAAGAGAAGCGGCGGCUGGCUGGAGCCUGCAGAGAGUGGGGCGUAUUCCGGCUGGUCAACCACGGGAUUCCAGUGAGGCUGCUGAGCCAACUCCUCCGCCAAGCGGAGGAGCUUUUCUGGCUGCCGUUUGAGUCCAAAAGAGCCCUUUUUAGAGGAGGAGGAGGCGGCGGCGGCGGCGGCAGCCCUGUUAUGGCCUACUUCUGGGGCAACCCUGCGCUUUCUCCUUCUGGGAUGACCUUACAGAGGGGUCCCAACGCCCUAAACGUCAACUGGGUCGAAGGCUUUAAUGUCGCCCUGAGUCAACUCUCCGACCUCCGAGCCCAAGAUCCCGCGCUUGAUUCCUUCCGGCUUCUUCUGGAGGAGUAUGGAAGGCACCAAGCUAGAGUGGCCACAACCAUUUUCAAGGCUAUUGCAGAGAGCCUGGAACUGGGCAAAGAGCAAAGGAAGCGAUAUCUAUCUCCGCCGACCGGAUUCUUACGCGUGUACCGGUAUCCGCGCUGCCCCGACGCCGACGGGAACUGGGGCAUGGACGUCCACACCGACAGCUCGGUGAUUUCGGUAUUGAGCCACGACGAAGUGGGCGGGCUACAAGUCCAGAAAGAUGAGCGGUGGCUUGACGUGAAGCCUAUUCCCGGCACCCUGCUGGUUAAUCUCGGAGACAUGAUGCAGGCCAUGAGCAAUGACGAGUACAAGAGCGUGAAGCAUAGAGUGAAGGCCAACAAACGGGCGGAAAGAAUAUCAAUCGGCUACUUCGUGUUUCCGGCAGAAGGCGGCGUGAUCCAGAGCUCCAACUACAAGCCUUUCACUUACGACGAAUUCCGAGCGCAAGUGCAACACGACUUGCAGACUGUCGGAUUCAAAGUCGGCCUCGAUAGGUUCAAGCUCAGCGAGCCUUCUUGAUGUUCUUCCUUCUUCCCCUCUGCAAUUUGUCAAACAAUACUUCAAAGUUUACUACACAUAUAUAGAAAGCAAUGCUUUUGACUCUUGAAUUCCAUCUAUUUUCUUGCA